UUUAAGAACAUGCGUUACUGUAAUUUGUAGUUUUUGUUACUGCGCGAUAAGAAACAUGGUGUUAAAAUGUCCAAAACUCAAGCUCAAUAUGGAGCGGAAGAAAAAGAAUCUGUUGAUGGGAACUUUGUGCAUUAUUGGAGCAGUUCUUAUUCAUAUGACUUUCGGAUACUUCUACACAAUAGCAAAUAUGGUUCCAUAUAUUCUUAGCUAUAUCAAAGCAUACGUUGACCCAAAUAUUGAAACUAAGACAUCUGUUUGGCUCUCAGCAUUGGCUCUGGCUUGCCAAGGUGCAACUAUGGCACUCGGCGGUAUUGUGCAUGCAAAAGCUGGUUUUCGUGUGGUUGUGUCAAUAAGCUGUAUUCUUCACAGUGGAAGUGUCUUUUUAACAUACAUUACAAUUCAGAAGUCAUAUAUUGGCGUAAUUAUAACGUAUUCAGUGCUCAUGGGUUUGGGUCUUGGGUUUGGAUACUCGGUAGUGAUGGCUGUAGCAGCUAAAUGGUUUCCCAAACGACGAUUUCUGGUCGUAGGUCUAGUUGUUGGUGGAUUUGGAUUGGGAGCGCUUGUUUUUACACCUAUUCAAACAGCUAUUAUCAACCCGAAUAACGUUCCUGUCAACAAAAACACACAGCUCUUUGAUGACCCUGAUGUCCUGCGUCGUAUUCCUAAUGCAUUGCUCAUUUUGGGUGGAAUAUUAUUCGCGGCACAAGUAAUCGGUUUUCUCCUUAUGAGUGAGAAAAAACAGAAAAAUAAACCUGGUGAACAGGAAGCAGCAAAGGAUCAAAUUAAUGUACCACCAAAAAGAAUUUUCCGGAAAAUCGACUUCUAUUUAUUAUGGAUAAUAAUGUUUCUAAUCAUCAUACCUAUUACAGUCAUAACAUCAGCAUACAAGCUUUUUGGACAAAAAUACAUCAGUGAUGAUCAGUACUUAUCUAUGGUUGCCAGUGUGUCAGCAAUUUUUAAUGCUGGUGGCAGAAUUAUGUGGGGUGCAAUAGUAGAUCGAGUUUCUUUCAAGGUAAUGUUUAAAUAAUAAGUCAUCUAAACUAUUGCGAAUGUGAACAGUUCACUUAAUAAGAGAGAGUAAACUGCUUGUUAUAGUAUGGGAUCUCUUUGUUAACAAAUAUUGUUUCUAGAUGAAGUCUACCUCUAGGAAGCUACCAAAUAUUUUCAGCACAUCUUUAACACCAAAUAGUGAAGUUUAUGGCACCUUAUUAAAUGAAGCUUUCCCUUAAUGCAAGGCUGAGAACUGGCUUCAGAUGAAGCACAUCUUUUAAAGGUGAUAUAAUACAUAUUCGGAAUUGUUCAUUUUACCUCCUGUGUUAUUCCAUCGCUGUUGUGAUAAUUUUCGCUUUCUGUGCUUAGUUUAGGCCUAGUAAGAAAUUUAUAUCUUAAGGUAGGCUUCGUUGCAAACUGAUAUUAGUUAGAGAAACACUCAGAAUUUAGAAGCAGUGACCGGCUGCUUCCUUUUACUCAGUGGCGUACUUACGGCAGAAUCAAUCUAAUCGCUACAAAUCCAACAUCUGGAGAAAUACGUGUGUGACACUAUUCAUAUUAUACACAGCUUAGGCUGAUUGAAGACAAGCAGAAGCCCAGAGAAAAGAAAUAACGCACCUUUUUGAUACAAACUCUAUUUCUAUCACUUUGUUGAGAAACAUCGUUUAACUGAUUAUAUGAUACGUGUUUCAUCCAAAGAAAUAAACCCAUGAAACUAAAACUUUAUUUUUACUUCAUGCUAGUCUAGUCCGUUAUUCAUAUACCUUAUUGAAGUGUUAUUAUACAGCUUACUGAAUAUUUUAUUCGAUGAAUAUCACUCAUUAGGUUCUAUAGUUAAAUUAGUCAAAAAAUUUCAUGCACUCUAAUUUCAACUGAAGAAAACUGGAGUAUUAGAUGAAAAGUGAUAUUACUGUUUAAGGGAUUAUAGUUACUGGCAUAUUAUUUACAGCUAUUUUUCUCAGACACUUUAGGGUAAAAUGUGGAAGAAAGGAGCAGUACAAAUAGUUCCCUAUCAUGUAUUCACGAACUUGUGUGUUUACCAGUUUAUCUCCGUACCUUUGAUGAGCAAAAUUUUCGUUUGUUUACUUCCGGUUAUUUCAUUUUGUCAGCUGUAUUACAAAAGUAUUGAUAUUAUUUAAGAAUGAAUUGAUGACUCUUUAAAUAGGAUGAAACAGAUAUGCAGAUUAUUAUGGCUUUCAGCGGUGAGUUAAUCGGAGUUGAUUAGCUUUAAAGACCACCCUAAAACCAACGCAAUCCAUAUAAUAUGAACACAAACUGUUACUGCUGUUACUAGAAGAAGGAAAUUUUAUUUUAUUGCUAUGGUCCAGUGUCGAAACAGUUUGCAAAGCUAUCAAGAUCUUGGUUUUACAUAAUGAAAACAUUUGACAUAUUUCUGAUUUUAAAUAUUUGCUAUUCAAAAUUAAAAUUUGCUAUUUCUCCUGUAAAUUGCGCUUUUUACUUAAUAUGUUAGUUCAGUAAAGCUUUAAUGAGAUGGUUAAUGUAUUGAUUACUUUCUGAAAAGUUAUAAAGGUCUAUAAAAACUAACUACUGGAGUUAAGAAAAGUAUAUCUCAUGUGCUGUUUUCGAGUCUAGAAGAAUAUAGUGAAGUGUUUUGCUCUUCAGAAUGAAUUUUGCCUCACUAUGCUGAUUCAUAAGAGUGAUUCUUUGUUAUUAAAAGGAAAUAACUCACUUUUGUAGUAAAUAUGUUCAUUCAAUAAACAUUUUGAUAACGUAAGCCAUUUUGUUCUUUUUAUGUUUUAUUACUUUCUGAACAACAGCUCUUUCUUAUACUUAUUUAUGCUUGUUCUCCAGUUGCCGAUGUGCAUUGUAUUAUUACUCUGGGCUCUGAUUCUCUUCACCUUCCCACACAUCGGAUCAGCACCACCGCUGGCACUGAAAGCUUUAUAUGCUAUUUGGGUUUGGCUUCUGUUUUUGGUUUUAAGCGGUAUGUUUGUUAUCAUGCCUGGUGGAACAGGAUUGAUAUUUGGUCCUAAAUACUUCCCUACAAACUAUGGUAUAGUCUUCACUGGAUUUACAGUUGGAAGUAUUCUUUGCGCUGUCGUCACAAUGUUUAUAUCUUCAUCUAACAUCUACUUAUUGAAUUUUUCCGCUUGUGGAGGCGUGUGUUUACUCGCAUUUCUAUUUGCGGUCUUUCUGCAAGAUAAGAAAAUGAAUAAAAAGGUGGAUUGCUACUGCUGCACAAACUUGUGUCAAAAGCUGAGAGUUAAUCCUAGCGAUGGUGACGAAGUCAACACAGUGUGAAAACAAACUGACGCGUUAUUAUGGAUGAAAAAGCUAUAGAACAAAGAAAAACAUCGAAGUCUUUCUUCUAAUAUCCAACGAUCAUUUUUAUGUAUUUUGUAUUAGUCUGAAUUUUGACGUGUAUAAUGCUUGUUUUGCUAAUUUUUCUAUUCGACGUGUCUGAGUCUGAUGUAAAGUUUUUCACUUAUCCUUGAGUUAGAACCAUGAUUCAUUUUCGUUGCGCAAACAUAUCUACAAACUUACACUCAGGGAAUUUUUUACAAUAGUUUUAUUUUAAAUUUCUUAGUGAAGAACACAUUUCAGUUAGCGUCCUUAUUUUAAAACGUUUACAGAAAAAAUAAACACUAUUAUGCAAAUGUUAAAAGUUUUAAAGAUAUUUCUUCGAUCAAGUGAAAUCUGAUUUCCCUAAAAUGUAUUAUUUAUUGGAAAAUGAUAUUCUUAAUUGUAUUCUGUGACUGUGAUGAUUCUUUGAUGAAAUUUUAUAAUAAAUACAUAGUUGAGCAA